CACUUUGAGGUACGAGAUGGCGAAGAGAGUGUAUAUAAACUGCUACCCAGGCUCCUUCGCCACACCUUGUCUUUAGUGGGUCCAGGCUGGUCGGACGUAUCUCUGUCAAUCUGCUCAUGCACCAAGCAACCACGAACUUGACCAUGCAGUCUGUUGUCGCCUUUCUAGCCGUUCUGGUCGGGGUAGCCGUUGCCGUCAAGCCGACACCGAAACCGGCGUCGUCGGACGAUAUCAAGCAGAAGAACCGAGAGAUCUCGUCCACAGAGUACCUGAGGAAGAUGUUGGAGAAGCCCUCUCCAAAGAUGUUCUUCAGUCCCAUUGAUGUGUCCACCCGUGACGACGUCCUCGACAUGUUGGCAAUCCUGGGGCUCCGUGAGGCAUCCAAGAUUGCAGAGCAGGUUAACAUGAGGCAGAUGCUCAGGGACGAACAACUUGCAUCCGUCACGCUAUGCCUGCCCAAUGACGAGGCUGUCCAGAAAUGGAAGAGGGAACUUCCCGACAAACUGAAACCAGACCAGGCGUCUCUGAAGCAACUUGUCAGGGCGUGGGUGAUUCCAGGAACGAUCAGAUCUACAGAUGUCGUCAACAACCAGAUGGUCCAAAGCUUAAACGGCGCCAAACUUCGAUUCAAUGUUUACAACCAGGUCACGAAGGUGGUCACCGUGAAUGGAGCUAAAAUCGUUAAAGCCGAUAUUAUGGCAAGCAAUGGACUCGUUCAAGUAGUCGACAAGGUGAUCUAUCCACUACCGGUCGGUAACGUCGUUGAUACCCUGGAUGACAACGAGGCCUUCUCCAUCGUCUUCGAUCUCCUGAAACAUGCUGACCUCGUUGAUCUUGCAGUAUCCGACCCCGUCACCGUUCUUGUGCCAACAAAUGCCGCCUUCUAUGCGCUUCCAUCUGGAGCCCUUUCGGACCUCCUGAGAAACAUGACUAAACUACGAAAUAUUCUAAAGAACCACGUGAUCUCUGACGUCAGAUAUUCUGCCUCACUGUCAUCGGGGCAAAGGCUUCGAACCUCUCAAGGAAGCGAGAUCUCGGUCACCAUUGAAAACGGAAAAAUCAUCUUGAACAAAGAAAGAGACCAAUCUAAAGCGAGCCAGGUAAUCAAAGCCGACAUCCCGACCACCAACGGAGUCAUUCACGUCAUCGAUCGGGUCAUCAUUCCAUCUCAAGAACAUUACGUCCUCGUCUAAGACUUCAUGGCGUCAAUUUGAAAUUUUGUACUAGUUCAAUUUAAUUGAUAGUUUUAGUAAGUUGAUCACGUGGUGAUACCAUGCAGCCGAACCCAAAAGUCUAAAAUACAAUACAUGAUUUAAGAUUAGACAUCUAAUGUUUAUCUUUCCCAUUCAAUUUCUUGAUACUACUAACCAGUAUUUGCUCAGAAUUUAUGUUUCUGAUGAAUUUCAUAUCCCUUGCCUGUAGUUGAAGUGAUCUUUUAUUUUCAAUAAUAAAUUUCCCUCGGCAUAAUAAGUUAUAUCGCACAGACUUCAUUAUUGUACAUUAAAUCCAUUUUUAAAACAUGAAUGAAGAGUGGAGAAUGAAUGUAUGAACAGACCGCUUUAUGAUUUGAUUAGAAUGUGUGAAAUGAUGGAUGCAUGUGUGAAAUGAUUACUGUCAAACAUUGAAGUUGUCCAUCCAUGCUGUACUUGUGAUGUCGAGAAAUUUCAACCCCUUCUUGAUGUUAAAAUUUCAGUUUCUCUCGACACAAAGCAUUGAUUCAUGCAAAUUACAUGGACAUGAUGGGAGAACGGAGAGGCUUUUGUCGAAUGUUGGUCGACCGGGACAGCAGCGUCUCGUGACUCUGGACAUAUAACAAUUUCUAAUUGUUCGUCCGGUCCAUCUUCGGACGAUCUGCUGUCCAGGUCCAACUGUCGACAAAAGCCUCUCGGCUCUCCACUGUGAUUUGACUUUCAUUUUCAACAAAUGAAAGGAAUUGGUGCGUUGUAUAGAGAGUGGCCGCGUCAUAAUGCAAUCCCUACGCAGAAGCUCUCUGAAGCAUUGAGAAUCUAAAUACAAAAGCUCUUUCAUCAGCCUUGUCAAAUCGGUAAAUCAAAAUAACAUUGUCGUUUUAGAUAUAAACCACAUUUAUUUGUAAAUUUUCAUCGGCUCCUAAUCUUAGGACGAUUUACCCUUCUGGUUCACCAAUUUUCGAUAAUGACCUAAGCCGUUCAUUCUGUUUUGAUAAACAUUUUCAAUAUAUUCUCAAUGUUCUUGAAAGAGUCCGCGUAGUAGUUGUGAAAUCCCAUAUGAUAACGACAAGUUUUAUGCAACGGCAUCCAGCAUAAUGUGACCAAUUCACGCCACGAAUCUAAUGAUACACUCUUAAAACCACGUGUUUGUGUAUAUUCGGUGUCCCACCCGCCGAAAUGAUUAAAUUAAACAUUUCUUAUUGCACUCUAAAUUCCAAGAAUUUGAAAUAAAUCAAGAUCGGUUGUGAAUGUUGACCAACCAAAUUUUUGAUUUAUUUUUAAUCUUUAGGAUAUUCAACUUUUAAAUCUGAUUUGAGUUCAAAUAUUUUAGCUCUAUUUAAAGCCCAAUGGUUUAAAUCUUAAUCUAAUAUUCGGCUGGUCACCAUUCACAGCCGA